UUAAUGCUCGGGAGCAGCGCGACUCCCAACAGUUUUCAUUUUAGUGUUGACUCCCGGGCUUGACUGAAGCCCGCCGCCAUCGUUAGUGCGGGGUUGCCGUGAGAGGGUCAUUGCGCGAAGACUCGCGAGAGCGGCAGUGCGCGGCUGGGCUUUGGCAGGGUUGUGCCCGCGGGAGGUGGCAAACAGAAGCUCUGAAUAUGAGUGGUGAUGAUAAACCAUUCCUCUGUACUGCUCCAGGCUGUGGUCAGCGAUUUACAAAUGAGGACCAUUUGGCGGUCCAUAAACAUAAACAUGAGAUGACCCUCAGGUUUGGUCCAGCACGCAAUGACAGUGUCAUCAUUGCUGACCAAACACCGACACCCACUCGCUUUUUAAAGAACUGUGAGGAGGUUGGACUGUUCAAUGAGCUGACUAGUCCAUUUGAGCAUGACUUCAAAAAGGCCACUGAGGAUGAUAUUAAGAAGUUACCCUUGGACUUGUCGCCUCUUGCAACUCCUGUUGUACGAAACAAAAUUGAGGAACAAACAUCUCUUGAAUCACACCGAGACAGUCCCCUCCCACAUCCUGAAUCCACAACCUGUGAUGACAAGGAGGUUUCUUUGCAGCCGACCUCACUGCCUACAUCUACUAUAGUCCGUCCUGCCUCCCUUCAAGUCCCCAAUGUACUUCUGGCCAGUUCUGAUGCUAGUGUUGUUAUUCAGCAAGCCCUUCCAUCGCCAACAUCUAGCUCUGUUAUAACCCAAGUCCCAUCCUCUAAUAGGCCAAUAGUUCCUGUUUCUGGCACAUUCCCAGUGCUUCUGCAGCUACCCAAUGGACAGACAAUGCCAGUUGCCAUUCCAGCCACCAUCGCCAGCUCCAGCGUGCACAUCCCCACUGCCAUACCCCUUGUAAGACCAGUUACCGUAGUGCCUAAUGUUCCUGGAAUGCCCGGCCCCUCCUCACCACAACCCGUCCAGUCAGAAACAAAGAUGAAGCUGAAGGCGGCCCUCAGUCAGCAGCUCCCUCAGGUAACCAAUGGAGAUGCAGGGGAUGUCCAGAGUAGAGCUGCAAGCCAGACACCACCCCCUGCCCCACCUCCAGCAGAGGAAACGCACCCACAAUCGCUGCAACAGCCAGCCACGUCGACCACAGAAACACCCGCGUCCCCUGCCACUCCUGCUCAGCACACACCCAGUACAGGUGGGCGGCGGCGUCGGUCAACCAAUGAAGACCCUGAUGAGAAGAGACGGAAGUUUCUGGAGAGGAAUAGAGCAGCAGCCUCACGUUGUAGACAGAAGAGGAAAGUGUGGGUGCAGAGCCUGGAGAAGAAAGCUGAAGACCUGAGCUCUAUGAACGGACAGCUACAGAAUGAAGUGACUCUGUUACGAAAUGAGGUGGCCCAGCUGAAGCAGCUCUUACUGGCUCAUAAAGACUGUCCAGUGACGCUUAUGCAGAAGAAAUCCGGCUACCACUUGCUUGACAAGGAGGACAGCUGUGAGGAGAUGUCUGUCCCAGGCAGUCCCCACAGCGAGGCUAUCCAGCACAGUUCUGUCAGCACGUCCAACGGUGUGAGCUCCUCCACGGCAACCGUAGUUGCUCUUGCGCCCAGCUCAGCCACUGGACCAUCUACAGAUCAUAGCACAGAGGGGGAGGAGUCAAACGGAGGCGUGGCCCCAGGCCCUCAGACCCAGCCCUCUGGAAGCUGAUCAGGCUUCAGAGGGUUUACUUUUUAUUCCUGGCAGCCAUGUUUAUGUGAGGAGGAAAGUUUCCCUCACUCUUCUUCAGUCUGGAGAAUAUUUAUUUUGUUUAUUUUAUUAAUCUGAUUUAAUUUCCCAUCAAAUGCAUUUUAUCAAAAAAAUUGUAAAGAUGCAAGGGAUGGCACUUUACAAAUUUGGAAAAUUGUACUGAUUGUCUAAUUUUCUCUCGCGCGCUUUUUUGCGUCCAUGUUUACUCUAUUUAUUACAUUACUGUUAUAUGCAUCAUCAUGACUAUAAAGUUAGAAAUCUGAAGUAGUGACCAAUUCAGUGUGUCUUAAAUGCCAAAGUGUAUCAUGGCUCAUUGUAAUGGGAAAUUGAUUUUCUCAAGCACUACUGUAGGCAGAAGAGGCAGUCACUUUUAUUACUUUGUCUUUUCCAUUUUGCACAUGGAGAGUGAUAUGGGUAGUUUUUUUUUGUUUUUUUUUAGUGUUUGACUGUUGACACAUGACCAGUUCUGGCAGCCUUUAGGAGUAGAUUUGACAACCUGCAUUGUUACAAAUCUUAAGUGAUUGAGUGCAGUUUGAACUGAUCAUAGAUACUUUUAUUUGUGAGUGAGAAGUUGGAUACUUUCCUGAAUGGUGUGUUGUUCGAAUGUUGUAAGUAAUCUUCUGCCUGUAAAAAUAAGUCAUAAGGGGGAUAUUUGGCUAGAAAAUGAGUGUCUUUUAAGAGCAAUGCUUUGAUCAACAUUCCAUGAGUAGUUUGUUGCAAAGGCAGUAACUGUAGGAAAAUAGUACAUCUUUCACCAUACAGACAUCUCUUUGAUGUUGACUUAACUAUGUGCCAUUAUUUUUUAUUUAUUACUUGCAGAUAUUGAUUUGUAACUGAGAAAUUUGGCAGGUGGCUGUAUAAAGUAGAUUGAGUUCUUGGAUCACAGAGGCUUUCAUGUACAUAAUUUCUUUGAGUGAGUGAUGUAAUGUUUAUUUUUGCCACUAGCUGACAACAUGACUGAUUCUGAAUCUAUGGUGUUUUGCUCUUUGAAACACUAUUUGAAGAAAAUAAGAAUAUGGCUGUGACUCAUUGAUCUCAGUUGACUUUUAAAAUACUACAUUUUAGGAAGCAUUGUAAAUGCCAUUUGAUUAUAGCAUUGUAUGUGAUAUCAGCAGGAAUAUGUGCAUUGUUUGUGUUAUGAUCUUACAGAUACACUUCAUUCGUUAGAAAAAGGAAAAAUGAAAUAAGGCUUUCCCGGCCCAACCCGUGUAGUAGCUCCAGUUUAUGGCCUCAGAAAAAACAAAAACAAAAAACAAUAACAAAUGAAUAAUUACAAAACCUUUAAAUUGUUAAUACUAGAACUGGGAUGUUCGUUCCAGAUAAUUAGGAAAAUUAGUCUGUAAGCUGUAUAUUUAAGUUAAAUUAUUUGCUGCUGUUAAGCUUAGUGACAGUUACAGAGUAAGUAACUUCUAGCGUCAUGAGUUUGGAUCAACUUGCCUUCUAUCUUAAAAUGUAUUGGCUUACUACUGUGUAGUUUUAUUGCUGCAUUUGCUUUUCUAAGUAUCAUCUAUUUAAGAAUCAUUUUGUUUAACAGGUAAAUUUGUAUGGUCAUUGUUAUGUGCUUACUUGCAUGAAUGAUUAAUUCUCUGAGAGAAUUAGACCUAUGUUUGAAUCAUGUCUCAGUUGGAUUAUUGCAGUUGAACAUGUUAUGCUUUGAUUCUCAGCCAGGAGGCAGCGGGUUUACGUUUCUGGUGUUUGUUAAACUCUGGCCCCACUGUGGAAAAAGGAUGUGAUUAUUAUUGUGUUGGCAGUAAACUUGUAACUUGGUGAAAGUUAUGUAUAAAGUAUCAUAAAUUAAUAAGAUGUUGUAAUAAAUCUUUUAAUAUCUCUUUAAAUCUG